AUGGCAGACAAAUUAUGUCGUGACAUGCAAAGGAAACGUAAAAACAGGGAGAAUGAAAAUCCAGAACAAAGUGAAAAACGUCGCGCUCGUGAUCGCGAAGAACAACGUAAGAAAAAAUUGAAUCGAGAAAACGAACAAAAGAGAAAAAGAAGAGCAAUAAAUAAGGGACUUGGCUUGAUACUUGGCGAAUGCUCUAGUCAUCAAGAAAAUAAUUCGGAACAAAGUCAUCGAGAAAAUAAUGUGGAACAACAACAAAGGUAA